GGCCAGUACAGGCGCAGACUUCGUAAAAAUGGCGUCUGAUGCAGGUUGCCCAGAGACCAGCAGCAGAGCUCUUAUUGACCAAAACAACAUCAGUGUUUUGUAAGUCAUCUCUCCGAGGCAUGAAGUCUGCCGUUGCGUCGAGAGUUGCGUCGGACAAGGAAGCGCACACCAACCGCCUUCAUCAUUUUCACCAUCAUGGGAAUCUACGGCCGCACUGCUGCACAGCUCUCUAACCAACAUGAAUGUCUUUACGCGUUCCAGGGGACAUGAUCGCCGUUCGCUCGUUUGUCGCCCGUUUACGAUCGAAGAAGAAGUGACCUUCUCUGAAACGGAGGAUGUCAGCUCUGAAAAAGACCAGAAGUUUACAUCUUGGUCCCCACCUCGGAAGGUAAAUGAAGGCAGACGUCUCCCCCCUGCCAGGAACAUGAAGGGCUUAUCGGGCAGUCGUUCCCAGCAUCAUAUCCCUUUACCUCAUGGUUUGGACUACGAUCCCCACAUCCACGACUUCCAUGGCCACUAUGGCUCUGAGUCCCGCCACCCGUCAUACCUGCUCAGUCCCACAGAGAGCUGCCCCGUGGAYUUCCACCACCGGUACUCGCCCCGAAGCUCCAUCCACUCUGACUGCAUGAUGAUGUCCCCUGUCAUGAUGCCUCCACCUGCCGCAUCAGACCACAUCUCCAGCAGCACCUUCCCCAGAAUGCACUACAGCUCUCAGUAUUACGACUCAGCCACCCGGGAAGACUGCGCUGCCAUCACGGCCUCCGCCACCUCGCCGGCUGUCACUGCUGCGGCAGCCGCUGCUGCUGCCUCCUCCCACCACGCCGGCACUAAAAGCAAUCGCCUUCCAGCUAACCUGCUAGACCAGUUUGAGAAACAACUGCCACUUCACCGCGACGGCUUCCACACGCUACAGUACCAGCGCACGUCCACAACCACCGAGCAACGCAGCGAGAGUCCCGGCCGCAUCAGACACCUCGUUCAUUCAGUUCAGAAACUCUUCACCAAGUCCCACUCUUUGGAGGGGUCAUCCAAGAUGAAUGGCACAAAAGGUGAUGUAGGAGGUGGAGCAGGGUCGUAUUACCAUCAUGGCCACCACUCCACCAAACACAGCAGCAAGAGGAGCAAAAGUAAAGAACGUAAGCACCGCUCUGGAGGUUGGUGGAGCUCUGAUGACAACUUGGAUAGUGACAGCACCUACCGCACACCGAGUGUAAUGUCGAGACACCACGGGGAACACGUCAGCCACUGCUACCCAGAAUCCAUGCACAGCCACCACUUUGGAGAAAUGUCGCUCAAGGGCUCCAAGAGUAACAACGAUGUCAAGUGCUCAGCCUGUGAAAGCAUGGCCAUGGCACCUGAGGGAAAAUUCAUGAAGAGGAGCUCCUGGUCGACACUCACGGUCAGYCAAGCCAAGGAGGCCUAUAGGAAGUCAUCGCUUAAUUUGGACAAACCCAUGAUGCACACCGACCUCAAAACGUCUUCACGAGCAUGUCACUACCUUCAGGUACCCCAAGAUGAGUGGAGCGGUUACCCCGGUGACAAAGACGAGGAGAUUCCAUGUCGCCGCAUGCGGAGCAGUAGCUACGUCAAAGCUAUGGGAGAGCUGGAGGAUGAAAGCGGAGACUCCGACACGAGUCCUAAGACUUCUCCACAAGCAGCCAUUCGUCCUGAUGCUCUUGUCCUUAAAUCAGCCAUGCAGAGACCCCAUUUAGACUCCCAAAGCCAGGGUUACCACCUGCAAACCAGAGAUUUGCGGCCCCACCCAAGUGUCACGCUGGAUCCUGCCACUUCCUUUCAUCCCCCUCCUUUUCGCUCUCGCAACCAGAGCUACAUGCGUGCCGUUAGCACCCUSAGUCAAGCUAGCUGCGUCAGCCAGGUGAGUGAGACUGAGAUCAAUGGCCAGUUUGAGUCAGUUUGCGAGUCCGUUUUUAGUGAAGUAGAAUCACAGGCCAUGGAGGCCUUGGACCUGCCUGGUUCGUUCCGCACUCGAAGCCACAGUUACCUCCGUGCAAUUCAGGCUGGUUAUUCCCAAGAUGACGACUGCUUGCCUUCAAUGACAUCCUCCACUGUCACUUCAACUCUCAGAUCCACAACAGAGGGAUAUGAUCUUGUGGAUGCCACAUCCUUACUAAAUGAUGACAUGAUAGAGGAUGAUGACGGUGCUAGCUCCUCUGCCUAUGCAGAGCUGGAGCGACUAGAGAGAGAGACUGCCGCUGUUCGAAGCCAGCAUAGCACUAGCUCAACUGUAACAGCCAUCUCCGUCCCCCCAGCAACGCCACCUUCAUAUAGGGUCCCUGCUGCUUCACCCAUUGCCACCACUGAGCCACCAGUACCCCAAGCGCUCCAGGCUUUCAAGGAGUCCGCCAACAUGGUCGCUGCCUUCAACUUGCAAUGGAAGGAUGAAAUCUCUGCAAUGCGCUACGAGCUAGCAGAGCUGCGUAGAGAUGUCUGUGGAGAGUUAAAAACUUUCAACAGCAACUUCUUCAACUUCACUCAGUGCUACAAUAUGUGGACUUUAUGCCGGGAGCCCUGCAGUGACAACACCACACAGACAGACGACAGAGUGUCCAUAGGAAUUCAAGCAGGCUCAAGCUGGUCAGUUAGACAUCAUACACAGGACAAGUCAGUGAUGUGUCAACCGGAGCCAGCACCUUUCAGCAUUAUGGACUUUAUGGACCCACCUCGAAUUGAAAUCAUCGAAGGAACUCCUGAGAGCACACCGGAGGGGUCCGGCAGUCCUGCCAGUCCACUACCAAUAGAGGACUUCCCAUGGGAGAUUAACAAGAAGCAAAAGGCUCAUAAGCAGUCAGACACAAGUGGCCACACAGGGGGUCACAGAAGUGCCAGUCUAGAACUGUGGAGCAGAAAGUACACCAGUGGGCCCAUGUCAUAUCUGUCUAUGUCAUUCUAAUCAUCUGCAUUUUCUGCAUACUGUAAAAGGAUUAAAAAAGAUCCAGGUUAAGAGCCAGAUAUGUAAAGAAAAGCUGUUGUUAUAUGUCCCUUUACUCUAUGCAGACACAGUCUGUCAUCUCUUGAACUGCUUACAAUAAGUUUCCAAGUAUUUUUUUUAACAAGUGUCUUGCUAAGCCAUGGAAUAAAAGAGGGUGAUUUUGUUUUACACCAGAGUCAGGUAAGAUAUGAAUGCGAGAGAGAAUGUGGCUGAUAUUUCAGAUCCUCAAGUGCCAAAAAGUGCAUCAUUAGCUAUCCUUCACUGUCCUUACAUACCUUAAUUACUGAGAGAGAGAAUUACUGUUCGCAUAAUUGAAAAUGUAAGGAAUAUUUAGACUGAAUCCCAUUUUAAGGCCUUAAAUGUGUCUCUAAAUCUUUGAUUAAAUUAACAUAAAUUCAGUUAGUCGAAAGUGCUUUAAAAAUGUAUUUAAAAGAAGAAAAUGAUUUUAAAAAAGAAUACUUUCUAGGCCUGCUUAUCAGGCCCAGAAAGCUAAACUACUUCACCCUUAACAUCUAUCAUGCAGUACAAUUGGAAAACCCUUACCACUGGUAACAAAUGUAGGGGCACRACUUAGCUGAAGUAAAAAGAGAAAUGGGAUUCUUUCUAAUUUAUAAAUCAAUAAAAAGGUGUUUUUGGACCACAGAAACCUUUUCUUGGUUUUAGUACCUUUCAGGAGAAAUUUCUCCUUGUUUUAUAGAAGUCCCUAUCAAGAUUUUAUUAUCUACAACAAUAGUAAGGAAAGUAAGUUAAAAUACUAAAAUAUGUGACAGAAAAUCAUAAAAAUUGGCCCAAAACAUUGCAUGGYCAAUCAAAMAUUUCAAAUAAAAAAUACAGAAACUUAAAUGCAACCUCUCAGUUUACCUGUCCAUCAUCAAGCCUUUACUUAUAUAAUCUUGUGUAAUGGAUCAUGUCCAAAGGAACAAGAUGCUGGAUACAAGCUGCUGAUGUGAGAUUCUUCCGAUUGGGCUCACCUUCCGAUUGCAAUUCAUUCAGUCAUUCAGAGGAAUUUUCUUAAUUUCCCUUCUACUUGUAUGACCCAAUCUCGGACAGACGGAUCAUUCAAGCCAGAGUUUUACACUUCCCAAAAUCCUGGUUAGAAUUACACCUGCUCAAAUUACAAUCUCAUGUAAGUGAGAGAAAAUCAGUGACCUUCACAUACAAAGGAAGGACAUGCAAAUACUACACAAACCGGGCCCAGCCAACAGUCAAAGCUGCAAACGUUAACCUCAUUGCAAUCCUGGUUCUGCACAGUCAUUCCUCCCUCUCCUUCAAUCCUGCACAAAAUGCAUAGGAGACCCACUAUGUGUUGAAAACAUAUACUGAUGAGGAUUUUARCCUAUUUACAGCUUUCUGGUAUGUCAUCAACUUAAAAACAGCAUUACAAUCUGGAGCUUAGAGUCUAAAAAUAACACCAUGAGCAUAUUCAGCUUCCAAACUGUCAGUGAGCCUUCAGAACUGGUUGGUCCAAAAACACCUACUACACAGGGAGGCAAAUAGUGGCAUGUUUCUGCACAUUAAUCUGAAUAGAUCAUGUUCAUUCCAGUUUCUCAUUAUGUAGAAACAUCUUAAGCACCUGCAUAUACUGAAAAAAUACUGUGAAUACGUUUAUAACUUUAUAAAACAUAGUUUUGUAAUGAAUGCAUAAAUAAUACAUUAUUUAAGAAUAUAUUGAUAUACUACUGACAUUCUAGUUAUUUCAAUCAAAGCAUUCCUUUGCCAUUGCCUUCAUCCAUUUGUAGCAAGUUGCAGCGGAAAUGGGCAUUCCAGAAAAAAAUGUACAACGGGUUGGUUAAACAAACUACAAACAUUAUUUAAAUAGAAGAUACCAUGAUCUAAUGACMGGAAAAUAACACCCAAUCAGGUUUGUAAACAUUUCCACAACACUGUGUURAAUGCUUYGUCUCAAGGCUCUGCAAAACUUCAUCCUCAAACAGAAUUGUUUACAAUGAUUCAAUUUGAGUGACCACGAGACCCAACUCCGUCAGGAAGGUGAAACAGGAGAGCGAUUCAUGCUGAUCACGAAGGAUGAAAAUAUUAAGUUUAGUCCAUUCCAGCACAAAUUAAAUUCAUGCCACAUCUCUAUAAAUGUACAAUAUACAUGUAUCAUUUUGUAUAUAGACAAACUUAUAUUCAAAACUUGUACUGUUUGCAGUUACAAAAAAUACUGUGUUCUGAUAGAACUGCGAGGAAUUGUUGAGGUAAAUGUGGUUCUUAACAAAGUUUUUACUUCUUACUCUUCCCCAGCUAUUUGUUUUAUUGUCAAUUGUUUUUUUGUUGUUGUUUUUUUUUGGCACAUAUGAUGAAAUGUGUAAUUUCUCCUAUUUUGUAUGUGGUAUUCACUGGAGGCCCUCACAUGUUUGAUGCAGUGUCUUAUAUUUUAAAAGACACUAUGACACAAACACAGACGUUCAUCAGUCCUUUAAAAUGUUGCUUUUAAUUUGAGUUACUUUGACCAUAAUCAGCAAUUGUAGAAUUUUUCCCAUAAUCCAGACUCGGGCAGUUUGUAACUUCUGAAUUGUAAUAAUUAAACAUUAUCCCUACAAGUAGACAAUCAGAGCCGACAAAGGCUUCUACCUCUUAGAAAUGUCCCCAGAGGUGCAGUGUAGUACCGCUGAAUGUUCCAACACCGCCUCACUAGUGACGGCUAAGGUGGACUCCCAUCUUAAUGGUUAGGGGGUCUCCAUCAUUAUUUUGUCUCAUGACUGCCACAGCCAUUUCACCUCCUAUAUCACUUUACCGACGUGGUGUACCAAAGCUCACACAGACAUGAACAGAUCUGAGGCCAACAAGCCAACAGUGGACAGCAMUUAAAUCUGAAAUAGAUCUGCAGCAUUGAAAAGGCUUAUAAAGAAAGGCAUUGUCGCCUGGUUCAUAAAAAGAAAAUUGCUCCCUUUCUACAMUACCAAAAGACAAAAUAUAAUAUUUUGAAUUACAUUAAUAAUGAGUUGAAUUUGAGGCCAUACAAGAAAAUGCAGAAACGACCCUAGGGUUCUUGCAGUUGCUUCGUCUUAAAAAGCAAGGAAAUUUAUUUCUUGAACAUGUGAAAUUCUCUCAAUUUCUAAAAUUGCUACGAACAUGAAGUGUUCAUCCCAAGUAUUGCACACAUAGAAAUUAAAUUAUGUAUUGUAAAUUGGAAUUAUACAGAUAUUAAUAUUGCUCACAUAAUUAAAACGCACUGAAUGUGUAGUAGAAAAUUCUUUGUAGCUAAUGGCAGCUUUGCGAGGUCUUGUGUAUAAAUAAAUUAGGUGCUUUCAUUGUGUAGCUGUAAUUGUGGUCCAUUCCUUCAAAUGUAUUCAAAGCUCUCUAGGUCUUUUGUAGUUACUCUGAUCUUCAUUUUUUAUCAAGACCAUAUCACAUUCUUGGAAUCUAAAAAAAAUUGAAAGUUUCCUUAGUGUGUCUUGCUUUAAAAUCAGGAAUAUAACACCCUAUGCACAUACCAUAAAAAAUAUGGUAUGUGCAAAGACAUCCAAAAGGUAAAUUUUUUUAUGUUAUCUAACCGGUCUGUACUCUCCCAGUAUUUAAUUGGCCACUCAAAUGUUCUGCAUCAAAUAUUAUAGUUUCUACAUGUUUUUUUCUUCAGCAGGGGAGUCUUGUGCAGUGAACAUGCACAGAGGCCAAUGUGGCUAGGCUUUUUUCACAAUGGUCUGAAUCAAAGUGUCAGAGUCACUUUGAUUUUUUUCAUCAAAGUGACUCUGACAUAAAUAUUGGAAGAAACUCCUUAUUGUGACUGGUGUUUGGUACGACAUGGGUCACUGGGAUGCUCAGAUCUGUAGAAAUAUAAAUGCAAACAAUUCCAUCAGUAUAUUUGGCAAGAAGGUGCAAAAGUGAUUGCUUUAAYAUAAAAUGCUUUUGAGAGAUUGGUAUUAAAAAWYUUUUUAUAGGCCAUCAAUUAGGUCUUUAUAUACACACYGAUAUUAUAUGCACUAUAARUACUGACAGAUUACAUACAUUUUUAUGGUUUUGAACAUCUUUUAGCAUCAAAUUUCCUUCAGGUAUGAAAUGCUUAUUCCCCCGAGUCAUUCCACAUAAUUAAUAGACCUAUUCACUUUGAUAUCUUUGUAUGUGUGAAUUGCUAUUUUUAAUUGCCACUGGCAUMUUUUAUGAAGAUCACCUCAAUAACCCCAUGAGACCAAUUUUAACUGGGAAAAACAUUGACGUGUUCAAUACGUAUUUUCCUUGCUUUCAGUAAAAUUGAUUAAAAUUCAAUAUGUAUUUUUUUACAAUGGAGAUUUUCCCAAUGACAUGUUUUACAUAUUAUUGAUUUAACAACACUUUACCAUGAAGCUUGGAAGAGUUGGGUGCGAUGGAGAUUAUUGUCAAACAUAGCCACUUGCAAUACAGAGAAGAAAUUUCUAAAUAUUUUCACUUAUUACUCCACUUAAAACAUCAUUACUGAGGCCAAAUGCUGGAUUUUUGCAAAUAAAUCAAAGGAGAAGGCUCUUGACUGUGACAAACAUCCUUUAGUAAUCCAAUGAAUAUUAAAAAAACAUYCACUAUUUUGAUUUUUUCUUUUUUUGAGAUGUUUAUGCUAGAUUUUUUUGAUUUAAUUCUCUUCCUAUUGUUUUAAUCGUGUUAACAAAUUUAAAGGUGCUGUAGACUGGCAAGUCRUGAUGUCUUCAAUUUACAUUUAUUCAUGCUAUGCAAGUCCUUUAUUUCUAUAUGUAUACYAUCAAAGUAUAUGCCGGUUGUAAUAUUAAUAAACAACACAAAGCGUUACUGGCUGAAAUGGAAUGGAACCUGGAAAAGUACUGAUUAUGUUAUUAACAAAAUUAUACGUAUGCUUUGAUUUAGCUGUUCAUUUUUAAGUUUACUGACAACAUACGUGCUUUUCUCAGAUAGUUAACAUUAUAGCUUACACAUAAUGCUAAAAAUCUAAGAGGUUGUUGGUGAGAUUACUGCCAUGUAGUAGCAUCUGCAUGAUUUGUGCCAUUAUGUAGAAAAUAAUCAUCUCUACAUCACUCAGAAUGUACACACUUUAGCAUAUUAUCCCCACCAAAAAGACCUGCUAGUAUAUAAUUGUUAAUAUAUAAUUUUUCUCAAUUUACAAAAAAGCUAACUAGUAAUCAAAAGAUUCUAGGUAACUUGCCCAGGUAGAUUAUUCCAGUCUGUCAUUAUUAUUUUAUCMCAUAGYCCAAAGAUGUUAUCCUUUCCUUGAACAAAGUGGAAAUGUAGCAAAAUAAACAGAUCUAAAUAUUAUUUUAAAAUGAUAUAUAACUAUAGCUAUAUACACAGAAUUAAAUAUUUAACAAAUCUGAAGAAGAAAAAAAACAGGAUAGUCACCAUUAUUUUUAAACAUGCAACUUUAUUUUAUGUAAUGAAAUAUCUACAGUAAGUGUUUGUGAGAGUUUCUGAAUUGCUUAAAAUGGCUAAUAUGUUACCACACCGUCUCAUCUCGCUACGUUUURUUUCCUUUUACUUGUAAACCAGAGAUUAAAUGCAACAACUGUGCCAAAUCUGUGAAGUCCAGGAAGGACAAAGGUUUCUGGAUGGAAUCUGACCUUGUAAAACUGCUUGAAUAUAAACCUUCUUUCCCAUUUUGUGUUUUUCUCCCUUAUUUAAUGCAAGUGUCUUGGAUAAAGUAUUAUUUUCAAUUCAUAYUGCAGUUUACAGGAAAACUUCUGAUUUUCUUUUUGUAAAACAUUUGUUUAGCCUGCAUUUUUGUUAGCCUUUGUCUAUUUUGUUAAACUAAAGAAAAGAAAUUUUUUUCUUUAACGGCCAUUGCCUACUGUGGUGUUUCUUGUCUUUUUUUUUUUUACUUUAUGUGUUUCCAAAAAAUGAUUGAAGACAAUGGAUUAAAAUGUUAUCAUGCUUAA